AGUGUACCGACUUACCAUAUAGGCACUGCCCCUAGUUCCUUGAAUUGACGAGAAGCCGAGUACUUGAAUCUAAUUUUUCUUCUCGGUCGCUGUUCUUCCAACAAUCCUACUGACAAAUUCGGAAUCACUCCUCCGCGCGGUCGAAGAGGCCACACCCUGCACCUCCGCCAAAUCAAGUCUCUGCCACCAUCACGAACGGUCGCUGGCCACGAUCCCUGUUUCUCUUUCUCUGUUGGUAUUGCAGACCUCGCCGGACUGCCUCUUGUUUUCCGCAGGCUCUUUGCACACGCACAGGCAGUUCAGAAUUAUCUUGCGGUUAUCGGUCUGCCAUCAAGGGUAGGUGAAGUUUGUUUCAUUCACUUCCAAGGAGAGGUCCGGUGCUUUUUUCCCCUUUCUAAUAUCAUUCCGCCACACUUUCUUACCCAUCUCAUCUUAAUCUACGACAACGAAGAAGUUCUUAGACCUCCAUUUCUAAAUCCUUCUAUUUCUUCUUCUCUGAAAUUGUUAAUUCAUAUGUUCGUUAAUUCGUUUGUUAAUUCAUUUUUUGUUGGGAGCGGUAUACUGGAUGCAGAUGAAUAUUGACUUAGACUUCAUUAAGUUUAGUUUUUGGUUUUCAAUUGAAGAAUUGAAACGGGAAUUGAAGAGAUCUGAAGGCUCCAUUGGAAGGAAAUGGUUCUACCGUUGUUGGGAAUCAUCACCAACUUCCUGGCUGGAGUAUCACUCUUUAUGCAAAGGAUUAUGGAUAUGAUAUCACAUGCUCUUUAUGGCCAGCACAAUGUUCAACCCAAUAAUCGGGAUCCAAGGGAAGAUGAUGGAACUCAUGGAAGUGCGUAUCAUGGAACUCAUGGAAGUCCGACGUCCACCACUACUACUGCGGAGCAAGAGCAAGAGUCAGGGGCUACUUCGCAGCCACCAACGGUGUCGAUACUAGACAAUGAUGCAGAUUCAGAUUUUUAUGAUGUAGAAGAUGUGGAGGAAAAUGAUGAACAUCUCUAUAAUAUACCGGCUCAUGCGGAAACGCCUAUGCAGCGCAAGAUUGGCCAUUUUCUGCGUCUGUUAUUUGUUGCAUUUGGAGUUGCUUUUAAUCUCUUUUUAAUAACUUUUAUUACUCACCCACGUGAAAGUUUUCCUUCCGCAAGCAUAAUCAUAGGACAUAUGGUUUUUGCGAAUGUAGUCGGAGGGGCAAUUCUGGUUUUACUAUGGCUCGAUCAUAGCUAGUACGUAGUAGUGUAGUACUUAGAGAAGGUCAGCCAUAUGUAAUAUACUAGAGAAGUAGAGAGUAUAUUACCUUGUAAUUAUUAUGAACUAGUCCUUGAUUAUAAAUCUAAUCAUAUUACGUAUUAAUUACAUCCUUUUAAACC